UUGUUUACUUGCAGAGAAUUAACCAUGGGAGACUGGAGUUUCUUGGGUAAUAUUUUGGAAGAAGUGAAUGAGCACUCGACUGUGAUCGGUAGAGUUUGGCUCACUGUUCUUUUCAUUUUCCGGAUACUUAUUCUGGGAACAGCUGCAGAGUUUGUCUGGGGUGAUGAACAAUCUGAUUUUGUGUGCAACACUCAGCAGCCUGGUUGUGAAAAUGUCUGCUAUGAUGAGGCUUUUCCUCUCUCACACAUUAGGCUGUGGGUUCUCCAGAUCAUCUUUGUGUCCACGCCGUCACUGGUCUACGUAGGGCAUGCUGUACACCAUGUUCGCAUGGAGGAGAAAAGAAAGGAGAGAGAGGAGGCUGAAAUGAACAGACAGCAGGAGAUGAAUGAAGAAAGAUUACCACUUGCUCCUGAUCAAGGAAGCAUCAGGACCACAAAAGACACAAGUACCAAAGGAACCAAGAAGUUUCGCUUGGAAGGAACUCUCCUCAGAACCUACAUCUGCCACAUUGUAUUCAAAACCCUUUUUGAGGUGGGCUUUGUGGUCGGCCAAUAUUUUCUCUAUGGUUUUUGGAUCAAGCCCUUGUAUCGUUGCAGUAGGUGGCCCUGUCCAAACACGGUGGACUGUUUUGUUUCCAGACCAACUGAGAAAACCAUUUUUAUUAUGUUUAUGUUAGCCGUGGCUGCAGUCUCUCUCUUUUUGAAUGUGGUGGAGAUUAGCCACUUGGGAUGGAAAAAGAUUCGACUUGCUUUUCGGAGGAACGCAAAUCAACACCUCCAGCAGCUGCCAGGAGAGGUUUCACAGAAAUCAUUACACUCUAUAGCAAUUUCUUCUAUUCCAAAGUCUAAAGGCUAUAAGCUGCUUGAGGAAGAAAAAGUAGUCUCACGUUUCUAUCCAAUGACUGAAGUUGGAUUAGAAGCCAGCCCACUUCCGGCACACUUCAAUGGCUAUGAAAAAGGCAGCACAGGGCUUCUAGAAGACAUCUCAAAGGGAUAUGAUGAAACGUUGCCAUCCUACCGUCAAGCAGAAGAGCUAGAUGCUAUUAAAGUGCAAGCUUCUGAUGCUUUUGAACAGGCUUCUUCUGAACGUGCUGCUUCAGUGAGGUCCCCUUCGGUGCGUGCCCCUUCUGACCGUGCCCCCUCUGAGCGUGCCCUUUCUGAAAGAGCACCCACUCGUGCUGCUUCUGAGCAUGCAGGCUCAGAGCAUGCACCUUCUGUGCGAACACCUUCCAACAAUGCAACUCCUGAACGAGUACCCUCCCGAGCUGCCUCUGAACAUGCACCAUUGGAUUGUGCCCCUUCUGAGCGAGCACCCUCCCGUGCUGCCUCUGAACAUGCCCCUUCUGAUCGUGCACCCUCGGAGCGAGGUUCUUCAAGAGCAGCUUCGGAGCGGUCUCCAUCCCAACCUGCUCUCUUUGAACCAAUUUCUUCUAGAACAGGCUCAGUUCAAGUUCUGUUAGAGAGCCCCCCUUUAUACGCAAUGUCUGAUCUGCCCCCAGAAGCAGAUGCCCCAAUUGAAAUGAUACCCUUAAAAACACCCUCUAAAGAGUCCUUAAUCGAGCAAGCUCCUAUUCAAAUGGUUUCAGAUCAUGUCACAAAUGAGCCCAUGCCAUCAAGAGCUCUCUCAGAGCAUGGCAACUCCAGCCACGCUUUCCCUGACCCUGAAGCCUUAGAAUCAGAUGUUGUUGAAUAUGAACCUCUUGGCCACGAGAUGCCAUUACUAAAUGCUGAAUUCAUACCUGACUCCAGAUCCCUGAGCAGAUUAAGCAAAGCUAGUAGCAGGGCCCGAUCAGAUGACUUAACUGUCUAA